AGAGGAAGAAGAACAAAGGAAGCGGUACGUAUAAACUGUGAAAUGUUCGGACUCUUCAAGAAAAACAAACCUGUUAAAAUUCGAGGUUAUAGUGGGGACAGAAAAUACGGCAUUGCUUCUAAAGAUGUAAAGGAGCUGAUUAAAAAGGGCUGUAAGCUGUUACAGCUGCCACUUUCUGGUGCUCAUGUGUGUUUAUAUGAAGAUGGAACGAUAGUGACAGAGGAUUUCUUUCCCACUCUGCCUGAUAACUGCGAACUUGUUCUUCUGUCAAGGGAUCAGACAUGGAGCGGAGUCGUUUGUGACAUUGGUCGGUUACUGAACACCGAUCGCCACGCUGACGGUCUCAUUGAAGCAGCGAAGGGUCUUCUCUCCGACGAGAAAUCUUUCAAGAGGCGUAAAGUCCUUACUGACCUGCUGCAGAACCUGGAGGACAGAUCAGAUCUGGAGAGCAGAGAGGAGGAUGAAGACUGGUUUACUGGUGUCGAUGUGCGAUUCAAAACAAAGUCUGCCUACAUGAAGUACAACUGUGAAAGCAGAAUACGGGGCUACAUGAAGGAGGUGGACAGUGCAACCAACGGCACACAGAAAGCUAAAGUGAAAGAGGAGUUUUUAAAAACAUCCAAGUGCCUGGUUGAGAUGCUGAAAAAUGACAAGUACAACGGUAAAUACUUCGAUAGGACUGAAAAGGAGUCUGGGCGCCUCUGCACUAAGGAAGGAUGGUUUACCUGUCAGGGAUCCUUUGAGCAGAAAUUGUGCCAGUCGCUCCAUUCAAUCAACCCGUAUGGCAGCAGAGAGAGCAGGAUCGUCUUCAGCACUUGGAACCUUGAUCACAGGAUUGAAAAGAAGAGGACUAUCAUACCUGCUCUGCUGGAGGCUCUGCAGACUCAUAAGACCGCAGACAUAAACUUGAACUACUUCUACCAAAUGCUGUUCACCAGGGAAAACCUCAAGCUAGUGCACAUCGUCUGCCACAAAAAGGGAGCGCACAACCUGAUGUGUGACACCAAUAAGAUGUUCAGGACUAGUAAAAAUGCGAGGAAAGCAAAAGAAGAUACCAAAGGGAAGAAAAAGCGUUGUACCUAAAACAUUUUUACGUUAAUGUUUUUUUUUAAAUGAGUUUUUAUUUGCUGUAAAAUUGAUAACUUGUCGUUCAUUGAACAAAAUGAAACAAAACAAAACAGUUUUGUAAAUCAUGAAAAGCUUUUUAUUGUAUUAUGUGGCACAGUAAUGUAAAAUAUAUGGAUGGAUUAAGAAUGUUGCCCAAAUAAUGAGACAUUCAAUCAGUCUGAGUUACACAC